ACUUCACUCACUCAACUAACUGAUAGGAAGGAACCUCAUACGUCUGUUUCUAGCUCUUCAGACCUUCCCAGAAACAUACUCAGCUGUACUGAAAGAGCUGGAGAUCAGUAGUUCUCAAGUCCUAGCAGUCCCAGAUGAUGAAAAGCGCUUGCUGUUCCAAGGAGGGCUUGAACAGAGGAGCUUGGACUGCUCUGGAAGACAAAAUCCUGACGAAUUACAUCAAAGUUCAUGGAGAGGGAAAAUGGAGAAGCCUCCCCAAGAAAGCAGGUCUGAAAAGAUGCGGAAAGAGUUGCAGACUUCGUUGGCUGAACUAUCUCAGACCAGAUAUCAAACGGGGGAACAUAACCCCAGAUGAAGAGGACCUCAUCAUCAGGCUUCACAGGCUCUUGGGGAACAGAUGGUCCCUGAUAGCUGCAAGRCUUCCUGGUCGAACAGACAAUGAAAUCAAGAACUACUGGAAUACCAGUUUAGGAAAGAAGGUGAAAGCAGGAUCCAAUUCCACUUUGACUCCCAAUAACUCAAACCAGUCUAAACAGAUGAAGAAGAAGCUCAUUGGGUCACCCCCAGCGACUGAAAAGGAAUCAUCUAUAGUCCGGACUAAGGCAGUAAGGUGCACCAAAGUUUAUCUCAGGGCACAAGAAGACCAAAUUGAGCACAUUAACAGUGUAGACUUUGCCACCACAGUAGCUCCCACGGUUGGUGGUGAUGAUCACCAUAUGACCCACAGAACACUAGAAGUAGUAGAGCCAGAAUUCUACAAUGGGCUGGCAUCGUUUGUUUCUGCUGAAGAUAAUUCAUCACCGAAUUUUAUGGCGGAUCUCAACGAGGAGGAGCUUCGCCUAUCUGAUCUUCUGGGUUGUGACUUCUCUCAGCUCUGUGGUUUCGAUUAUGGAAUGGUGGGAGAAGGCAGCAAUGGUGGUGACAACGAUGUCUUUCCUUCAUCAUCUUCUGGCCAACGUCAUUGCAUUCCCAAGGAAAUGCUGGAGCUGGAGAAUUGGACCAGAAGCGAUGGCGUUCAACCGGCUAUCGUUUCAGACAUCCAAUCGUUGGCAUCAUUAAUUYUCGAUUCCGAAGAGGAUUGGUAGAACGAUAAUGGAGACAUAUGCAGUUGCUUUCAUUUGCAAAACCUCCAUUAAUUGUAUGCAUAGACCUGUUUGUGCUGGGACUAGUAGUUAAGACUGGAUGGUGGAUGGUAACCGGACUUUCCUAUCUACAUGUUAAAUAAAUAAUAAACUUCUACUUCUAGUAAUCAGUUUCUCCACUGUGAAGAAUCUCACAAGAACAAUCUCCUCUCUCUCUCUCUCUCUCUCUCUCCACUAUCUUAGUGUAGUGGUUGUACUGUUUGUCUUGCUUCUAUCAAAGUCAAACCCAUCUCUCUUUCUC